AUGGAGUCUCCGCCGUCCCCGCCGUCCCCAUCCGACGCCCUUCUUCUCCGCCAGGGCGGUAAGCCUCUUCCGCCCGCCUCUCAAUGCUUCCCCUGGCGCCCCCACCAUUUCUCCGCGCGCCUCACUCCGCACGGUGCUUCCUCUCCUGGCGGAAGUUCCGCCGUCCCCCACGCGCGCGGAAACACACCUACGUGCUAUGGCACGGCUGGCAGUCCUCUCCCCUUCGCACGAGUCCUCGAACUCAUGGCCAGGCGCCGACGUGCGCGCAGCGGCAGCGUCGGCGGCGGAGGAGGAUUAGGAGGAGUUGGUGGCGGCCGUCACGGUAGCCGGCCAGGCGGUGGGAGGACGCCGGUCAACAGUCAGCGGCGCCACGUGUCCGUCACAGGUUGGAAGCAGAAUUCUUUUGACGGGGAGGAACUGGGUGAAAGCAGCAACGGUAAAGAUGGCAGUAGCAGAGACAAGCUCCGCACGCGUAGCGCCAGGGAAUGUGGCACGGGCAGCGGCAGGGAUAGCGGCAGAGGUAGUGGCAGGGGUAGCGGCAGGAGUAGUAGCAGCAGUAGUUCCGGUAGCGAGAGCGCGUCGCCUCGUCACAGGACGUCGGGCGUUAUAAAGGAGCCAGCAGGGAACACUAUAACGGACACGAGCGCAGUUAGAGCGGACUUGAGUAAAAGGUUGGAGGCGUGCCGAACGCAGCAGGCGAGUCAAGGCAGCACGGAUACGCGGGCUUUGGUUAGUGGCGCUGGGAAAGGGCGCGAGGAGGCGGGAGGCGCGGAUAACCCGGAAGCGCAAGCCCGCGCAGUACAGGCGGAGGGGAUGAGCGGAAAACCGGAGGAUUUAGCGCAGCGGGCGCGGCUUGCGGAGGCGCAGGUGGACAUGGCGGAGUUACAGGCGCAGGUGGUAUGCGCGGAGCUGCAGUGGAUACGGAGCGCCGUGGAGAGGCAAGAGGCGGGAGUAGCCGCCGUGCUGGCGGAACUGGCGGGGCUGCGCCAGCGCGUGCACCGCGCGCGAAGGUGCGCGGAGGGGGGAGAUGGCGGGGACGGGGCGCAGGAGUCUGGGGAAGGGAAGAUGCGCGAGGUGCAGCAGGUUGAAGCUGCUGUAGCGUCUGCGGAGGCGCGGCUAUGGCGGGUGGAGGCGGCUGCUGCUGAUGCGCGCGCCUCACUCAUUGCCCUGGGCGGCGAAGCGGGGGGAUUGGGGGGAUUGGCGGGAAUUGGGGCCGGGGAAGGCGGCAAUGUAGGUGGAUUGUGUGGUGAGUGCUGGUGCGAGAGUGGGCUGGGUAACCGGCCAGUGGAAGGCGGGAUUGGGGUUGGAUGUGGUGGGGAGGUGUGUGGAGGGAUGAGAGGGUGUGCGGGGCUUGAGGGGUACGGUGUGGGGGAGGUGGGUUUGAGCGCAGCAGAAUUUGCUCUGGAGCUACAGAGACGGUUAGAGGAAGUGCAGAAAGAACUGGUAGCUAAGGGGCAGGGGCACAGAGUGGUGCAGGAGAAGGAGGGGCGUGGAGUGGUGGAGGGGCCAGCUGGGGGAGUCGGGGGAGCUGGGGUUUCGCCCUCAGUGGAAGGAAAAGGGGAGCAGCCAAUGGUGGAGGGAACAGAGCGGGUGAAAGGGGCCGGGCAGGCGAGUGGUGGGGUUGAAACAGAUGGAUUUUCUGUUUGUGAAAAGGCUUGUGAGAAAGGGACAAAAGAGAGUAAUUGUGAAUUGUUGGUUGGGAAACAGUCAAGGUUGGAAGUCACUGGGCGGGACGGAGAGGUGAUGAAGCCAGAGGGAGAGGCAUUAUCAGGUGCCGGUGAAUUGAGGUUUUGGGAUAGAAUAAGCGGGGAGAGCAAGCUGCUGUCGGGUGGGGGAGGGAAUGGAGGUGUUCAGGGAGCUGCUGCUGAUUUCGGCGGUGGGAAGGAUAUCCACAUGAAAUUCGGCAAGCUUACAGACGACUCGCACGCAUUUAUCAUCCUGACACUAACUCAUCAGAGGACACAGUACCGAAGUUUCUAG